GGCUGGCAGCGUGUGGGGAGCUGUACAUCGAGCUGCGCGCAAGGUGGCGACUGCACGUGUGGGCUUGGGGACUGGGCGCACUGGGGGCUGCAGGCGCUGGGGAGGGUGUGGUGGGCUGUGCGUGGUGCUGCCCUCACCCGAGGCUGCACGCUCGGGAAAGCGCAGAGGCGGGGGUGCUGCGAGCGGUGGGGAGCACGUGGGCGGACACGCAGGGACUGCCCGCGCGAAUGGCUUCGACAGCACGCGCCCCACCCCACAUUUCACAGUCGCCAUGACGACCGGGAGGUCGGCAACGGCUGCGGGGACAAGUCCGUUGAGGCUGCCAGGCUAGUCAGGCCUUUCUGAACCUCGCCCGACUCGCCUGGGCUGUGCCUGAAAUUGACCCAGCUCCACCAGGGAUUAUGAGAAAACAAGGAGUAAGCUCAAAGCGGCUACAAUCUUCCCGCCCCAGCCAGCCUAAGCGGCGGCGCGGGGCCUCCCCCGCCCGGGAGCCGGAGGUGGAGGAGGAGGUGGGAAGGUCGGCGCUAUGCAGCGGGAACCUGCCAAGGGGCACCAGGAGGUCCUCCCCGCGGAGGAUCCGAAAUCUGAAAGCGCGAAAAGGCUUGGAGCUGGAGGUGAUGGCCAACACAUUUCUUCUCGGCCCCUUCCAGUUCGUCCAUAAUUUCCUGGCGCAGCUCCGGGAAAAGGUGCACGAACUGCAGGCGCGGCGGUUCUCCACCAGGACCACUCUCGGCAUCGCCGUCUUUGUGGCAAUUUUACAUUGGUUACAUUUAGUAACACUUUUUGAAAAUGAUCGUCAUUUCUCUCACCUCUCAUCUUUGGAACGGGAGAUGACUUUUCGCACUGAAAUGGGACUUUAUUAUUCCUACUUCAAGACCAUUAUUGAAGCACCUUCAUUUUUGGAAGGACUGUGGAUGAUUAUGAAUGACAGGCUUACUGAAUAUCCUCUUGUAAUUAAUACAGUAAAACGCUUCCAUCUUUAUCCAGAGGUAGUCAUAGCCUCCUGGUAUCGCACAUUCAUGGGAAUAAUGAAUUUAUUUGGACUAGAAACUAAGACCUGCUGGAAUGUCACCAGAAUAGAACCUCUUAAUGAAGUUCAAAGCUGUGAAGGAUUGGGAGAUCCUGCUUGCUUUUAUGUUGGUGUAAUCUUUAUUUUAAAUGGACUAAUGAUGGGAUUGUUCUUCAUGUAUGGAGCAUACCUGAGUGGGACUCAACUAGGAGGUGUUAUUACAGUACUGUGCUUCUUUUUCAACCAUGGAGAGGCCACCCGUGUGAUGUGGACACCACCUCUCCGUGAAAGUUUUUCCUAUCCAUUCCUUGUACUUCAGAUGUAUAUUUUAACUUUGAUUCUCAGGACCUCGAGCAAUGACAGAAGGCCCUUCGUUGCACUCUGUCUUUCCAAUGUGGCUUUUAUGCUUCCCUGGCAAUUUGCUCAGUUUAUUCUUUUUACACAGAUAGCAUCAUUAUUUCCCAUGUAUGUUGUUUAGUUGUUACAUUGAGACAAGCUAAAUUUCAGAAGAUGGAUUUAUGUGAACAUGGUAACAUUUUUAUUAUAUCUGAGUAUUACUCUUUCAAAUUUUGUAUUCUUGCAAUUUUUUUCAAUGUACUUAUCUUCUUAUUAUUCUUCAUCUUUAUUAAUGACGUGGUGAUGUUUAGCAAUAAUUCUAAAGAGAAAUGAAAUUCUAAAACUGGGAGUAUCUAAACUCAACUUUUGGCUAAUUCAAGGUAGUGCCUGGUGGUUUGGAACAAUCAUUUUGAAAUUUCUGACAUCUAAAAUCUUAGGCGUUUCAGACCACAUUCGCCUGAGUGAUCUUAUAGCAGCCAGAAUCUUAAGGUAUACAGAUUUUGAUACUUUAAUAUACACCUGUGCUCCUGAAUUUGACUUCAUGGAAAAAGCGACUCCGCUGAGAUACACAAAGACAUUAUUGCUUCCAGUUGUUAUGGUGAUUACAUGUUUUAUCUUUAAAAAGACUAUUCGUGAUAUUUCGUGUGUUUUAGCUACAAACACUUAUCUAAGGUAAAUAUAUCAUCAUUGUUUUUAAAAUAUACUGUAUUCAAUUAUUAAAUAACUUACUGUAACAUUAAUUUUUCAAAUGAAUAUGCAUUAAACUUUAGCAUUAUGAUUAAGAAAGGAGAUAUGAACCAAACUUAAAUGUUUUCUUUAAAAUAUUAUUCUUAUGGAUUUUUUUUUUUUUUUUUUUGAGACGGAGUCUCACUCUGUG